ACAGAUAAGCUGUUUGCUGUUUCAGACUAUAAGAUUCAGAUAUGUCCUUCAUAUUUGAUUGGAUUUACAGUGGUUUCAGUAGCGUAUUACAGUUUUUAGGACUGUAUAAGAAAUCGGGCAAACUAGUGUUCCUUGGACUGGACAAUGCUGGCAAAACUACACUGCUACACAUGCUCAAAGAUGACAGACUGGGACAACACGUCCCCACGUUACACCCCACUUCAGAAGAGCUGACGAUUGCUGGCAUGACUUUCACUACCUUCGAUCUGGGUGGACAUGCUCAAGCACGCAGAGUGUGGAAAAACUAUCUGCCUGCAAUCAAUGGCAUUGUGUUCUUGGUGGACUGUGCAGACCAAGAAAGAUUGCUUGAAUCAAAAGAAGAACUUGAUUCACUAAUGACAGAUGAAACUAUUGCUAAUGUGCCUAUCCUAAUUCUUGGUAACAAGAUUGACAGACCUGAAGCCAUUAGUGAAGAGCGGUUACGAGAGAUGUUUGGUCUAUACGGCCAGACAACAGGAAAGGGCAGUAUACCUUUGAAAGAGUUGAACGCCAGGCCGCUGGAAGUGUUUAUGUGCAGCGUGCUGAAGAGACAAGGCUACGGAGAAGGCUUCCGCUGGAUGGCACAGUACAUUGAUUAAUGCCAAAAUCACAUCAGUACGUUCUGUCCCAUGUCAAAUACUAAGUCUGCUCCUUAUUUGAUCACUCAGUGUAUGUAACUUGAAUUCAUUUGACUGUUUAGUUCUAAAAAUACACAUUUUUAGCUAAUUAUAUCAUGUACGCUAAACUGUAAGUGUGAGGAUUGAAAAAUUAUUUCAAGCAAGUUCAUAAGUUUACCACAACCUGUGAGCUUUCUAAUACCAUGCAACAUUCUCUUGCAGCUUUUAAUUUAAUGAGUCUCCGGCACCGUUUUUGGUCUGAGCAACUUUCCAGUACAGUAUGUUUGAAUGCACUUUUUAACAGCUAAAAACUAUGAACAUGUGAAAAAAAAAAAAAAAAAAUAUUUAAUGCUUAUGUUAAAUUUUUUUAUGUACUUUUUUGAAACUGGUUUUAUAACUUGAAGAGUAUAUAACCAUCUUUCAAGGAAUAAUAAAUAAUUAGCUGAUGGAUAAUUGCAUGAUGCCUUACGGUUUUCAAUAAUAUACUUUCUUAUGCAACGUCAUGCAAUAAAUUUAAAUCCAGUUUUCGGCAACUUUAAUGGAAAAUGUUUCAUUUUAACGUGUCUUAUCUAGCGAGGCUGCCUGAUGAUCUGAAUAUGUGGGAUAUAUUCCUGAAACACAGAAGGCCACAAAGUAGUUUCAUUGUAUGUUAGAGUAAGGUGGUUUUUUUCAGACUACCAAAUUGCAUUUAUUUUAGGAUUUUGCUUUAGUAAAAGAAAAAUCUAAUCCAAUGCCCUUAUAACCACCACCUUUAAAAAGUACGAACAAUGUGAAUCAGCUGUGCCAAUGUAAACCUUGAACUAAUGUCAAAAGUGGUCUUAUUCUACUGGUCUCUUGGAUUAAACCCCUGAGGUGACACAAGAAAUACAGGAAAUAGAGAAUACCAUUGAACUAAAGGUUUUAUUUCUAAUUUAAUUAGAUUUGGGGUCUACCAGAAGAUAUGCCUGUGAAAUUGUUGAGGGGGGGUGGGGGGAGAAAAAAAAUGUUGCUGCUGCUGCUUGUGAAAAUUUAUAAUCCCACACCCAUUUGACCAGUCUUAUUUUUGGUGUUUUGAACUGGGACAGGAUGGAUUGUUCUGUGGUUUUGCCCUGAAACCUAGCUAGUGUGGCAGCUGCUGGCUGCACAGGUGGCUUAUUUCUGGGUAAAAUUUGGUUACGUGCAGUCCUUGUUUCCAGACUUCUGACUGGUUUUCCCCCCUCUUUGAGUGCAUGAGUUCCCCGAAGGGGAUGGGAGGUUAUUUUCGAAGAAAGGACACUGAAGCACUUCUAUGUCUGUCAACAUCUUGUUGAUGCUGGCUGAGCUGUGGUUGGUGCUUCCAUGUGCUGGGGAUGUUUUACUGUCGAAUGAGGGUAGGGUUUCAGCCCUGGAGUCAUUAUUUCACCGUGAUGGGUUUAAGUUUCGCUGUGUAGUUUGUUUUCCCCUUGUGCAAGUACAAACUGCUAUAAGUGUUUUUACUGUAAUCCCUUUUACUCACUGUUGUAGGUCUCUUCCAAAAUAAUUUAGGGCUUGUGUUUCCAAUAUCGGUGGCAGCAAAUAUAUUUCUGACCAGUCUGAUUUACUAAAUAACUUUUCUCUCUUGACCUACUGGGCUUGAAUCUCAGAUUUAAAGCAUAUAGAAUCAGCAAAUAAAUGAGACUUAUUCCUUGCCUGGAUCUGAACUUGUAUUGGUGAUCAGUUCCCCACAGUCCUAGUUUGUGCAUCUGAAUAAGAUGAGUAAUUUGGAACCGAACUAAUUGUAACUCCACGUUUAUUACUGCACAAUCCAUAUGCAAAGUGCUAAGCCUAGUUUGUGAACGGUGAAGUUCAGAGGGAUGAUACCAGAUAGCUUUUCUAAAUGACCAACAUAAGAGAAUUCUGCAUUUAAACUAGUUCUCGGCUGCAGAGUGGCGUCUCUGUUGCACAAAUCAAAACCUGGAGGUAAGAAAUGGCCUCUCGCCAGCGUGUGGACAAUGUGGGAGUCUUUACCUACAGCUGUUACAUAGGGGACAUGCCUCUCUUCCUCUCUGUUUUUUCUGAUGAUGGUUCUAAUGCAGAGAACAACAGUUAAAUCAGUAGAUGAUGUAAAUAUUAAAAAUACUACUUGCAGAGCCACACUGUGGUGUUGCUGGUGGAGACUGGGGACUGUGUUGCCUGCGCUCAUGGAAAUGAAGCUGGAGGUGGAGAUGUUCUGCUGCAGACCACUUCCACAGGCUGAGCCAUCGCGUGGGCACGGAGAGCUCCUCUUCACCUGCUCUUCCAACCAACUGUGAAUAACAUUAGCACUAAGGAAAGGGAUGAUAGUAUUAAGGAUUUAAAAAAGAAGGGAGGUGAUACUGCUUUAAAAGUGUGUGUUAAGAGCAAUUCUUAGUUUUACAGAAAUACUCAGAUUUCGUGUUUCCUACCAUAGGAUGCUAGUUUAAAUGUGGUUGUAAUAAGGGCAUGAAGAAAUCUGGAUCUUGUUAUCUACCUGGGUAUUGUAAUGGUUCCCGUUGUGGGAAUAGCUGAUCAACACUCGGUUAAAUACACAAACAAUCUUGCUCUGUUUCAUUUCAUUCAGUAGAGGAAGUAUCUUCUGUAGUUUACGUUCUGUUUGUGCACAUGAAUGUGAAUGGGUGUUGUGUGUCUUUGUGUGAAGACUUCAUUAAUAGACUGAUGGGAGGGUGGUUUUUUUUCUAGUGGUUUCCAUCCCCGCCCCCUCCACGUCUCCCUGGUCAUUUAUUUCUGGAGGUUGCUUGUUCCCACGAUUGUGACCAGCUUACU